AAAGGCGUGACCUUGAGACCACACCUACUCACUAGGUUCAAAAUUGAUCUAUAAUUUAAGAAACGGUUUCCGUGGGAAACUGAUUUUAUAUAUAUUGUUGAAUACAUUUCACUUCAAAAUCCAAGAAUUGCUAUACAUAGUUCAAAAAUCAUGUAUGAUUUUUUAUUUUACUGCUAGAUUAUAGCCUAGUGCAGUAGAAGUACACACAUGUUGCAUAUGUAGGACUUCUUUUUCCACACUCCUUUGUGUACUUAAUAAUUCCUUAAGAAAUGUUUUCUCCAUCCUCAUGAACUGUUCCUAGAUUUGAUAUAUCAUUAGCCUUAAUCACUGGGGGUAACAACAUUCAUCCACAAUUUGUGCCAACGUCAGCAAGUUCACAAAAUUUAUCACAGUUAUUUAUAGAGGGAGUAUGCAUAGUAUGCAAUCACUUUGUCACUAGGAUCUGUCAUUUCUCAAUUCGACAAUGAUAUACGAUUCUGUUUCAUAUAGACGUUCUGUUAUAUCAUCUCCAUAAAUAGUAAUAUUCAGUAGCAAUGGUGUGUGUAGCUGCAAACUCCCUGCUUGAAGAACGAAUACGAACUUAAUUAAAGUAAAUUCGCUACUAUGACAAAAUCUCACGUCACAGUUGUUGGCUCACUCAACGUUGACCUAUCUGUAUUCACGAGUAUUAUUCCAAAGCUAGGAGAGACAGUAACUGGUUCGAGUUUUCUUCUUGGUUACGGGGGUAAAGGGGCGAAUCAGUGUGUGGCUUCCAGAGUACUGGGAUGCAACACUGCACUAAUAGGAAAAGUUGGAGAUGACUACUUUGGUGAAAUGUUUGUUCAGCACUUAAAACAACUUGGAGUGAACACUGACGGUAUAUCAAGAACAUCAAUGGAUAGUACUGGAGUUGCAUCGAUUACAGUUGAAACAAGAACAGGUGGAAAUCAAAUUAUCAUCGUCCCAGGUGCAAAUAUGCUUGUAUCAGAAAAAGACAUUUCUCUUGCAGAGAAACUAACUCUCUUGGAUACAAAAGUAAUGGUUUGUCAGUUUGAAAUCAAUCCAACAGCAACACUCUAUAGUUUGAGGCUUGGCCGUGCUAAAGGUAUAAAGACAAUUUUAAAUCCUGCACCUGGGCCAGUGGCUUCUGGAAAUCCUGAGAAGUUGGGGAAUUACGAAUUAAUGGAAGAUAUUUUGUCAAACUGUGAUUUCGUAUGCCCAAAUGAGUCUGAGUUUUGUUCUAUAACUGAGUCUGAUUCUGAAUCACUUUUUUCCAAAGAUGAGAUUGGCUUACUGAAUAUAGAUGCUUUUAUUCCUGGUCUUACCUAUUUGCUUAAAAAGAAGAUCAAAUACCCCAUAGUAACUCUAGGAAGUAAAGGAGUUAUUGCAAUUUUGUCUGAACAAGAUAUGGAAAAUAUAUAUGCCAAAGACGCUAGCGAAGUGGCUCGUAUUACUUUUGAUAACCAAAAGAAGUUGGUAGUGCACUUCUCAGCACCAAGUAAAAUUGAUGUAGUUGAUACAACAGGAGCAGGAGACUGUUUUGUUGGCUCACUAGCUUACUUCGUCGCAUGUCACGAGGACAUUACUCUAGCUGAACAAAUAAGACGAUCGGUUUGGGUUGCCAGCCAGUCAAUCCGUAAAAAAGGUACACAAUCUAGUUAUCUGAAACGUGAUGAACUUCCUGAUACACUCUUUUCAUUAGAAACAUUUCAGUGGCCAUAGUAGUUAAAAUCAAUAAAUUUUUUCCAAUA